AUGCCGGGUGGGGAAGCCAGGCCCACCCGAGCCUCGCGCCGCAGGGUCCCGCGCAAAGCCGGUCCUGACUGGCCGGUGCGCUUCGGCGGCGCGCCCCAGGGCGGGGCCCGGCGGGGCCGCGUGGGACUCCGGGUCGGUGUUGCUGCCCUGGGCUGCGGCAGCCGGACUCGGGGAGACUCCACAGGGAAACUGCUCCUGCCUCUUCAGGCCACAGAGCAAGACUGUGCUGGCUCAGGACGCUGGGCCCGGAAACUGGACGCAAGUGCAGCGGCCAGCGGCCACGUGGGCCUGCAGGAACCCAGUGCGUGCGGGGACGGGUCCAUGGGGAGCAGCCGCCUUGGGCACCGCCGCGCCUCCAGCGCCCAGCCGCACGGGCCCUUCACGGCAGCUCCUGCCCCACCCUGCCGCAGCUGCUUCAUCGAUGAGCAUGUGACGCGCGUGGCCUGGCUGAACCGAUCCAACAUCCUGUACGCGGGCAACGACCGCUGGACCAGCGACCCGCGGGUGCGGCUGCUGGUGAACACGCCGGAGGAGUUCUCCAUCCUCAUCACGCAGGUGGGGCUGGGCGACGAGGGCCUCUACACCUGCUCCUUCCAGACGCGCCACCAGCCCUACACCACUCAGGUCUACCUCAUCGUGCACGUCCCCGCCCGCAUUGUGAACAUCUCCUCACCUGUGACAGUGAACGAGGGGGGCAAUGUGAACCUGCUUUGUUUGGCUGUGGGGCGGCCGGAGCCCACGGUUACCUGGAGGCAGCUCCGAGACGGCUUCACCUCGGAGGGCGAGAUCCUCGAGAUUUCCGACAUCCAGCGAGGCCAGGCCGGGGAAUAUGAGUGCGUGACUCACAACGGGGUGAACUCGGCACCGGACAGCCGCCGCGUGCUGGUUACUGUCAACUGUGAGCCCCCCUCCGCUCUGGAAGUCACUGGGGUGAGGCAUCAGAAUGCGGGUGUUCUGAGAGUCGGGUUGGGGAGGUUGGGGGCCGUGGGGUCCCUGACCCGAGUUGCCAGCAGGCUGAGUGGCGGCGCCUCGGAGGGGCUGAAGGUGCAGACGGAGCGCACCCGCUCGAUGCUUCUCUUCGCCAACGUGAGCGCCCGGCAUUACGGCAACUACACGUGUCGCGCCGCCAACAGGCUCGGAGCUUCCAGCGCCUCCAUGCGGCUCUUGCGCCCAGGAUCCCUGGAGAACUCGGCGCCCAGGCCCCCAGGGCCCCUGACCCUCCUCUCCGCCCUGGGGUGGCUGUGGUGGAGGGUGUAGGACGAGCCCAGUGCAGCUGACUCCCCUGCAGGGGCCUGAAGCCGAGAGCGAGAGCAGAGGGGGGAGCGAGCGCCCUGGUCUCCAGCAGCGGACAGGAGAGCUCUCGGCCACCCGCGAGGAAGAAGGGAGGAAGAGGAGCGAGAAAGAUCUUUACAGAACCCAUCACUGUGAGGGAUAACGCAAAUUAUGCAUCUUUCUACAGCCAUCUCACCGCCGUUCACGUUUCUGAUUGUGACCUACCCUGGCCACCCCACACCCCUCUCUUAGCUCAGGCUGUCAACCAGAUCGCGUGUGUGUAGUGGGUGUGUGUGCGUGACACUGCACGUGUGUGUGCGUGUGUGGGGAGGGGUGGUGGGGUGGGGGGGCUCAACGAACUUCCCUCCCUGGGCACCCCAUGGCCACUGCCUCUCACCUGUGGCUGGAGGUAGGUGUGGGGGCUUCGCGGUGAAAGCUGUGAAGAGAGGUUCUCCACGCUCCCUGAUUCCCCAAUAUAUGCACGCACACCAGCCCCUCCCCUCCCCCUUCCCGCAGAAAGGGUGUCUCCAGGGCGGGCGGGGCUGAGGGAGGGGUGUCGCACCCACAGUGGAGCUGGGGAGACCCAUGUGGGCUCUGGACAUCCCUGCUGCUCACCGCCAGCUGCCUGCAGCCAGAGGCCCAUGGCUGGCCUCCCCCUGACCCCACCCACCCUGGACUUUGUGGCCCCUCCAGGGCCAAACGGUGCUUCCAUACAACUGUCAGGCUGGUGCCUCGAGCCACCUGUCUGUCUGAGUGUUUUGCCCUGCCCAUCACCACUCCUGGACCACCUGCAGCGCCAGCCAGCUGCCCUAGUGCCGGGCAGCCCUCCCGCCCCCUGCGUGGGCUCGCUGGUCACCCGCCCUGCUCUUUCCUCCGACUGUACCUCCCGAAGGCUGACGACCUCACACACACGCAGACACACACGCAUGCACGCACCAGCGACUGUGACCAGCAAUAGCCCCGUCUCCAGCUGCCUUGUAGCCGGUGACCAGCUGUAGCUCCCCCAAGGUGGCAACUGUGGUCAAAGAGGGGCUCCGAGAGGCUGCACCCCCAGCUCUGACGCUGGUAGGAACAGCCACCCCGCACAUCCCAUCAGACAAAGCGGGGCAGAGAGGCGCCAUCAGACACCCAAGUCCUGACCAGAGGCCCAGCUGCCCACAAACCAGAACACCCAGGCUGGGGGACGCAGGGCGGGGCAGGGGCCAGGGGCAGCGACUGUACCUCAGACAGGGGCGUGGGCCCCAUCCCACAUUGUCUUCCAUUCCCAGGGUCCAGGGGAUGGGGAGGGGCGGGGGAUGGGACGCAAGGGAGGGGGGCGGGGGGCCCUGGGGGCCGUGUGUUCCGAUUCAUGGGGAGUGUUGAGACCACCACACCAAUAAACGCCUUUUUCCAAAGUC